AUGGCCAAAGAUUCAGUUAAUAAUGCUGAAGUUUUGGAGUGUUAUUUAGAAGAUGAAGAAGUUCAAGAAGUCUUAAAAGCUGGUACUGAUUUAAGAGAAUAUUCUCGACAAAUUGAAAGACAGUUAAAAGAUGUUGAAAAUAAAUCAAUUCAAAAUUAUAUUAAGGAAAGUCAAAAUAUUGUUAGUUUGCAUAAUCAAAUUAAUGCCUGUGACAAGAUUUUGGAGAGGAUGGAGUCUAUGCUGCUGAGUUUUCAAUCUGAUCUAGGCAGUAUCAGUAAUGAAAUUGUCUAUUUACAAAAAAAAUCUAUUAUUAUGAGCCAACAACUUCAUAACCGUCAAGCUGUUAGAGGACAACUUAGUCAAUUUAUUGAUGAUAUGGCUGUCCCCGAAGCACUCAUCAAAGGAAUACUCGAUAAGCCUGUUACUGAUAAAGAUUUUUUGAAUCAAUUGUCAGUAUUGAAUCAUAAGAUCAGUUUUGUUAAAGAGCAAGGUUUUAAAGAAGUGAAGUCAUGUCAGGAUGUUAAAGAUAUUUUGGAAAAGUUAAAAAUAAAAGCGGUAACCAAAAUAAGAGCUUACCUUCUCGAACAGAUAUCCAAGUUUAGGAAACCGAUGGCCAACUACCAAAUACCCCAAAGGGGUAUACUUAAGUACAAAUUUUUUUUCGAAUUCGCUUUAACUAAUGAAAGAGCUGUAGCACAAGAAAUUUGUGGAUCCUACGUUGAUACUAUGGGGAAAAUUUAUUACUCUUAUUUCAAGUAUUAUUCUUCUCUUUUAAGUAAAUUGAUGUAUGAAACUCAGGCUUCUAAAGAUGAUUUAAUGGGUAUUGAAGAAACCGGCCGAGGAGGUCUUUUCUCUAAAGCGUCGUUGAGACAAAAAAAUACUGUUUUUACCAUCGGUAACCGUGGAGAUGUUCUUACAUCUCUUUUAGAAGCACCCAUCAUAGUUCCUCAUGCCGAACAAAAAACUGAAAAGAGGUAUCCCUAUGAGGCGCUUUUUCGUUGUGAACAGUAUGCUUUAGUGGAUAAUGCCUGUCGAGAGUUUCAUUUCAUUUCGGAGUUCUUCAUCGUCAAAGGAAAUGCUGCUUUUGAUUUAUUCUCACAAAUAAUGGGAAAAACUCUUGCUCUCCUAAUUAAAAAUGUAGAAAAUUAUACUGGAACAUGUUACGAUACCAUUUCAUUGUUUUUAUGUGCACAAUUAGUUCUUCGUUACCGCCUUCUGUGCCAUAAACAUGCUGUGCCUGCCUUGGAUGCAUAUUGGGAUGAAUUGCUUGAGAUCUUGUGGCCGAGAUUUGAAUAUGUUUUUCGUUUGAAUAUUCACAGUAUAAAAGAAUGUGAUCCUACCAAGUUUAAUAAAGAAACAAAACCUCAUUAUAUCGCUAGAAGAUAUGCUGAAUUCUCUGGUGCAUUGGUAAGCUUAAGUGAAAGCUACCCGAAUGAGUUAGUCUCCCGUUUGUUGGCACAGCUGCUUGAAGAAGUUGAAUGCUUCAUAUUUCGAAUGGCAGCCAUAUUUUCAAAUAGGCAGCAGCAACUGGUUUUCCAUAUAAAUAAUUAUGAUAUGAUACUUUCGACAUUAUUGGAACGAACUCGUGAUAACUGUCGGGAAGCUGAGAGAAUGAAGCAACUUUUGGCUACUUAUAGCAGUGAAUAUGCUGAGGAGGUUCUGUCUCCGUCUUUUGGUGGUAUCAUACAGUUUGUCAAGGAAUAUGAAACUCUUGCUGAUAAACAAGAUGAAUUGAGGAAAUUAGAAAGUAAGGCUUUGGUUCUCGUCGAUUCUUUCUUAUCCAGUUGGAAGGCUGGUAUCGAAUCUGUGAAUAAAGAAAUAGUCGGUUGUUUUCCUAAUCUAGUCACUGGAUCAUCGCUUGUACAACUUGCUCUCGCUACACUUCUUCAAUAUUACGACAGAUUUACUAAAAUUUUAUCUCCUGCAGCCAAAGCUAAAGCAGUCAACAUCCACCAGAUAAAAGUUGAAAUUAAAAAAUAUAAAAAUAGUUUUUCAUGA